ACCUCGGUCUCCCGCCAGCGCGUCGAAAGCCUCAGGAAGAAGCGGCCGCUUUUUCCAUGGUUUGGCUUGGAUAUUGGUGGAACCCUGGUCAAGCUAGUUUACUUUGAGCCCAAAGACAUCACUGCUGAAGAAGAAGAAGAAGAAGUGGAAAGUCUUAAAAGCAUCCGGAAGUAUCUGACCUCCAAUGUGGCUUAUGGGUCCACGGGCAUUCGGGACGUACACCUCGAGCUGAAGGACCUGACUCUGUGUGGACGCAAAGGCAAUCUGCACUUUAUACGCUUUCCCACUCAUGACAUGCCUGCUUUUAUUCAAAUGGGCAGAGAUAAAAACUUCUCGAGUCUCCACACUGUCUUUUGUGCCACUGGAGGUGGAGCGUACAAAUUUGAGCAGGAUUUUCUCACAAUAGGUGAUCUUCAGCUUUGCAAACUGGAUGAACUAGAUUGCUUAAUCAAAGGAAUUUUAUACAUUGACUCAGUUGGAUUCAAUGGGCGGUCACAGUGCUAUUAUUUUGAAAAUCCUGCUGAUUCUGAAAAAUGUCAGAAGUUGCCAUUUGAUUUGAAAAAUCCAUACCCUCUGCUUCUGGUGAACAUUGGCUCGGGGGUUAGUAUCUUAGCAGUAUAUUCCAAAGAUAAUUACAAGCGAGUCACAGGUACCAGUCUUGGAGGAGGAACUUUUUUUGGUCUCUGCUGUCUUCUCACUGGCUGCAGCACUUUUGAAGAAGCUCUUGAAAUGGCAUCUCGUGGAGAUAGUACUAAAGUGGAUAAACUAGUGCGGGACAUUUAUGGAGGGGACUAUGAGAGGUUUGGACUACCAGGCUGGGCUGUGGCUUCGAGCUUUGGAAACAUGAUGAGUAAGGAGAAGCGAGAGGCUGUCAGUAAAGAGGACCUCGCCAGAGCGACUUUGAUCACCAUCACCAACAACAUUGGCUCAAUAGCAAGAAUGUGUGCCCUUAAUGAAAACAUUAACCAGGUGGUAUUUGUUGGAAAUUUCUUGAGAGUUAACACGAUUGCCAUGCGGCUUUUGGCGUAUGCUUUGGAUUAUUGGUCCAAGGGGCAAUUGAAAGCACUUUUUUCGGAACAUGAGGGUUAUUUUGGAGCUGUUGGAGCACUCCUUGAGCUGUUGAAGAUCCCCUGACAGUACCUGGGGAGAGGUUUUCCUGAAACCUGCCACAACGAGAUCUGUGGAUUUUUUUUUUAAAAAGAGAUUUAACUCAGUUUUAUGAUUGUGUAUACUACCUGAAUCAAAGCAAGAAAGGACAGUGUAUUUUCUGAGUCAUCAAGAUAAAGCCUUCAAAAUUCAGUUUAAACUAGCAACCAGAAAGGGAAGAUACAUUAAAAACAAAACAGGUGGACCACGUCCAGGCAGUGUGAAGCUUUGCUGUAUUUAAGUUACUGUUCAGUACGAGACUGUUAAACUUGUGUAUUUUUGAAAUCUCAGCAUCACUCGCUGGAGACACUUCAGUUCUGUGUUCAGCUGACUGUGCUUCUGUGUCUUGUUUGAACUUGCAGAUGUAAGGCAAGUUCCUGUGCAUUGUACUACCCUAAUCACAACUUGUCAGUAUGGUGCAUUGCUCUGGUUUGUGUUUAGCCUUCAUGUGACUAUUGAAAAACAUGUUUUAUUUUUAAAGUUCUGCAAACUUAGUUGGACAGGUUAAUUUUGUAUCUAAAACUUGAUAAGCA